AAUGGGGUGUUAAUAUUUCAGAGUAAAGUUAUUUUAACCCAGAUAGAGUAUUUUCAACAUUUGGGGGAGUAAAGUUGCUCUAUCGGUGGAGUAAAAAGCGAGUGUAAAAAUCUGCAGAAACGCAGUGACAAUUUUAACUCUACAGCAGUGAUGAAUACCCGCCACUUUGCAGUGCUCUGUGCUGUCUCAAACGUUAAGCACGCAUUUCGGUGGAGGAAGAUUCCGAAGGAGCAACGCUAGGCCACUGAUAUUGCAAGGGGCAAAAUGCUGUUGCGUGUUCAAUUUGGGGAGGAGCAGAAAUACGUCAAGCUGUCUGAGCUGACAUUCGAUGCUUUCUUGAAAGAAGCUUGUCUAAAAUUCAGCAUACCAGAAAGCAGGCAGCCAGACAUUAAAGUGUAUGACCAGUCAGACACAGAAGUUGACACAGAGGUUUUUGAAGAAAUAGUAAAGGAGUCACCUGGAAAUCUGAGAAUCAUGCUGGGCAAUGGAGGACUUGGUGCCUCUCAGUCACCAUCAUGCUCAGGUGCAUCUGAUGACACUAUCAUCUUGAAUUUCACAAUGUGUGACCCUGUUGAAGAAGCCGUCGCUACUGAAGGAAGCCAGCCUAAAAGGCCAUGCCACAUAAACUAUGAGGCAAAAGCGUUGAUUGAAAAAAUCUUAACAACAAAGCCUGGUGGUGAACGCAUUAAGCAAGAGUAUGGUAAAACCAAAUCCCUGACCGAUGCCACCAGAAGGCAGAUGAUAAACAUACUUGCUGCUGAGAUGACAGAAACACAUGGGACAUCCCCCCCCAAAAGUGUCAGAGUGAUGUAUGCACAGGGGAUAGUAGCUUUGUUUCCCUAUCUAGAAGACCCAUACUCACAACAUGGAUAUGUAAGUAAAUGGGUUAUUGCAACAUUAUGCACAUAUUCACUUUUUGAAAUGUUAAAGGAAUAGUCUACUCAUUUUCAAUAUUAAAAUAUGUUAUUACCUUAAC